GAUCGCAAGGGCGACCUUAGCAAGCUUAAGAGUUUUAGAGUGGUGUUUUGUUAUUUUUUGAAAUUUAAGUACUUCGUUAACGCUUAUAAUAUUGUAUGGUCGAAUCUUAUUAGGUCACUGCAAAAUAUUCUGUUUCAGACCUAAUUUUGUCAAGUUAAUCCACUUAUUAAACUUCAAAUUGUAUGAUGAAUAUAUUUAAUACUAUAAACAUAUUUAAGUUUACUACUUUGGAUUUUUUUUCAUUGUGUGAGCCUUUGGCGGCUGACUUUUUUAAAAGUAGAAGUUUAAGUCUCUUAGCUACUAGUUCACUACGCGUAAAUAUUAGGUUUACCUUUACAUAUGAAACUGAAGAUUUUUAUGAAAAUUUAAUAUAUAGUUAAUCAAAUUAUGUCCAAAUUAUCUAUACAAUUUUGCCAUUUUGACAGCAGUUUGUUUAUCCUUACUCUAGAAGUUUGCCGGACGGGAGGGAGGUGAUGAUAUCGACAAAACUGUACUGCCUCUAGGGACUUGAAUUUUUUUCAUUAAAAUUUUUUACAUUCUUAUGUAAAAGUAGAAAUCUGUUCGGGCAAGGUCUGGUGAGUAUGAUGAGUUUAGCGAUGGUCUAUCGUGAAGUGUGAGGUCACGCGUUUUCGUGGAGAAGCAAUGGAAAAAAGCGAUAGACCCGUCUUGGUUGUUGAUGUGCGAGCUUCUCCAUUAUUGAUUGCAAUUCUUGGCAAUAUACGUCUGCCUUUACUGUUGUGCCAUUCAGUAAGAAGCUUUAUUGUACAAGUCCGGCACUGGUCCAACAGGCCAUUAUCUACCUAUGAAUCUUUUUUUAGCGCACUGAGUAGGUGCCUUACACGGGUCCGGAUUUUAAUCGAAGGUAACAAUCCGAUUUAGAAUUCCCUCGUUUCUAUGCCGUUUCAGUAUUGCUCUGCAUGGUUUGACGCGUAGGUCUCGCUGUUUGUCGCUUAGUUCGUGUGGCACCCACUUAUCUAGCUUUUUUUAUCUUUUCGAUUUGACGCAAGUGCUUCAAUGUUAUUUCGUCAUUAACUCCAAGGCCCGCAACAAGCUCAGCCGUAGAUUGAGUCGGAUCCACUUCCACUAACGACUUCAAUUCGUCGUCGAGAAUGGUUAUAGGCCGACCGCGAAGCUGGUUCUUCAAUACAAAAUUUUCAGAUGUAAUAUGAUUGAACCAAUAAUGGAUCGUGUUUAUGCAAGCAGUGUUAGGCCACGUCGCUAAUGGUUCGUGCUAGUUGCGCAGCGUAUGAACUCAUAUUAGAAAAUUGUACGAAUUUCCAGUGUAUCCAUGGCACCAUAAACUACCACAAUUUCACGAAAUCAAAAAAAAUAAAAAUUAAUACAAAUGCCAGUAUUUGAAAUUAAAUUAACACGGCGCUCUCUAUUUGAAUUUUGAAUUGCCAAUUACAUAGUUAAAGAGCUAUUAUUAUUACUAUUUCAAAAAUGUAAACAUCUCUCUUUCAGUACUGUAGGUACUCGGUAGUUCAGUCAAAAUAUGUUAUAGGAAGAAAGACUUUACAUUUGCAAUCGUUCGCGGCACGCAUGUAUAUUAAAUAUUACCUAAAUGUAAAAUAUGGAGUGGGUUCUGCGGGGUCCUCAAAUUCACAGCACAUUCAGUAGUCUUGGAUUCGCUCAUGCAGAGGGAUAUCACAUACAUGAAAACUGCAAUGCUGCUUUGGAAUCUAUUCUUAAUAAUAUCCUGACCGAAGAUAAAAAUCUGCGGACAUAUAGAAGAAGCAUAAGUUUCGGGCAGAAUAUUAAGAAAGAUUUAAUACCGCUUUUAUUACAUGUAAAGGAUGACAAAACAAUUGAACUUCUGAUGAAGAUACUCGUAAAUUUGACGAUACCGGUGGAGUGUUUGUUGUCAGUGGAUAGCAUAUCGAAUUCCGAAGUUGGCAAACACACUAUAUUUGAAAUUAAUAGCUUAUUGUCGUCUACAAAAGCUGCCUUUGUGGACAAUAGAGCAACUAAAGUAAUAGUGGAGUUUCUUAAAAAGAAUUCGGAUUUCAAACAAAAGACAAAAUUAACAUUGGAACAAUGUGCGAAUAUAAGCAACACGUUAUUGUUUUUGCGGAAUAUUCUUCAUAUUCCAGAAGACGUUAUUAUAUCAUCUAGUUAUAGUGGACACAUAUUACAAAAUCAGAUAAUAUGGAAUCUUUUCAGUCAAAGCAUUGACAAAACUUUAAUAAAGCUGAUGACUAUUCAGGAUUCGAUAAAUUGGGGUGUAACAAUGGUUCAAUUGGUAGCUUUGCUUUAUAAAGAUCAACACGUGACAAUGUUACAUAAGCUCCUAAAUAUAUGGUUGGGAACAUCUUUGUCGGAGAGCUCUGAGGAUAAUGAGAGUAAUACGUCGCCAACUGACAGGGGGAGGGACGAUUCAUCACCAAUGCUAACAUCUGAUCCGACUUCUGAUUCCUCUGACACGGGUGCAAGUGGAAAGACAAAUGGAGGUUCUGUUUCUCCUGACAAUAGUUGGGUAUCAACCAGAAAUAUGGGCGAGCAGACGUUCCAAUUAGAGCCAAUGCAAGAGAAAUCCUGUUUUAUUAAAAAUAAUGAACAAGGAGAGAAUUCGUAUGAGAAAGAUAUCAACAACGAAAUCUUAAAACCCAAAGAGAAAACUGAAACCAAAAACCGCGAUGAACUAAUAAAUGAUACAAAGAUGACACUAGAAAAGUCAGAUUGCGGUUAUGGCACACAAAAUGAGAAUCAGGAAGUGAUUUCGAUUUCUAGUAAUGAAGAUGAUUGGCCAUUUAAGAAACCAGUGCAUCAGAAGCCACAUAAUCCUAAACAGAAGCCUAAUAAUAAAAUGCGAGCGAGUGUCACACUUCAAGAGAGGAAAAGAAAGAAAAUUGUGAAGCGAGGGAAGGCUAAAAUAAUAAACGUCCAAGGACUCUCACAUAAUAUGCCAACGGACGAGGAUAUAUCAAACGUUCUAAAGGAGUUCACUGUAGACUUCCUUUUGAGGGGUUACAACUCCUUAGUCCGAACCUUGCACACACAAAUUUUGACGAAUAUGCAAUUAGAAAUAGACACGUCACAUUUCUUCUGGCUCGUUACCUACUUUUUAAAAUUCGCGACUCAGAUUGAACUGGAUUUGGAUCAUGUUAAUUCUGUGCUAUCCUACGAUAUUGUACUGUAUUUGACAGCUGAAGGUGUGAAUUUGUGCGAGCAAUUUGAACUCGCGAUUAAGUUGGAUGGAUAUGAUUUGAAACCAAGUAUUCGGAGGCUGCAUUUGGUCGUGACAGCAAUCCGCGAGUUUGUUCAAGCUAUUGAAGUUUAUCAAAAGUCAAAUCAUAUUAGUCAAAAGGAUAAAGAGGUUCUUGUUCAAUUGCAAAUGAAAAUGUCUGAGACUAACGAACUUCGAUCCUUAUUUGUGUUGCUAUUACGUCACUAUAAUCCCAAGUAUCACUCUAAACAAUACCUACAGGAUCUUAUAGUGACAAAUCACAUUUUAUUAAUGUUCCUGGAUAACAUCAUGCACUUGCCAGACUACAAGGGUUCAGGAAAAAUGAUUGACCAUUUGAGACAAUUUGCAACCCCCGAAGUAAUGCACCAAUACGGGCUUCUACUAGAGGAUUAUGAGGGUAAUGGUGAAUAUGUAAACGAUUGCGUAUUUACAUUAAUGCACUAUGUUGGAGGGGAGCUGGGUUGUCUAAUUUCCCUCUACCAGCCCAAAAUACUUAAGACCUUCACGUCUAUAUGGAAAUCCGAGUUUGAGAUUUGUGAUGAUUGGUCAGAUCUAAUUGAAUACGUAAUAAAUACAUUUAUAAAGAAGCCGCAUAGUCUCCAACGAACUGCGUCAUUCCGAUUAGAUACAGAGAGUUUCGACGAUGAUAAAGUCCGUAAAGACCUUAUUGAUGAUUCGAAGGAGUUCAUGUUGGAUGUGAAAGAUACUGAUAUAUGGACAGAAGACGAGCUUUCGGCUUUCAAUUGGAUAUACAUGCAAAGUAAUACAUCGUCCGAUGUUGUUGGGGAAAUAAUAAAACUUUUCAAAGAUGACGGAGUUGUUAAAACUCGCGAAAGUGUGAUUAAACAAUUGUACAAACAGUCGAUAAUACAGCGCAAUGAAUUCGACAAAUUGCUAAACGAAGACUCAGAAAGAAAUACCAAAACUAAGACGCGGGAAGGAAGGAACGACGACAUUGGAAAAAUUUGCGAAUACAUAACCAAAGAUGGCAAAAGUAAUUGUCUCGAUUGGGUCCAGAAUGUUUUGAUUGAAACCUGCCACGCUAAAGUAUGUUUGGAGAAAAUGAGGGUACAGCAGGAUAAGGAGGAGGUGUCUGAGGACAAAAUUGGCUUCCAUACUACGCCGAAAAGGCCAAAAGACAUGCCUGUUAUUUCACCGGUUUCAUAUUAUUCACUCUUGUUCAAUCGGUCUGUCCCGUUGGUGCCGUGGAAUUGUGAACAGACCGCGAUAUGUAAGGACUUGCAGUUUUUACAACUUUUACACAAAUUGGGAUUUUAUAUGCCGGUUGAUACAGGCAAAAUGUUUAUAAGGAUACCAUAUUUCUGGACACCCGACUGUUUGUAUGAAGUUGCGAGUAAAAUUUCAUAUAUAGACAAAUUUGAACUCAAGUUCUCCUUCAGCGAUAUAUCAAAGAUAAGUGAUUUGAACUCGUCAAAAACGACUGUAAGAUUACAGGACCAACCUCAGAAUAUGGUCCUCACGGUGAUCCCUGAGAACAUUUUUCAGAUUGAUAAAUCAAAACACAUCGCUGGAAUUGUUAAUUAUACUCCCAUAGAGACGACGGGGGCAGGUUGGUUACAAGUUGUUCAAAAAUCACAUGAGAUCAAAUUUACCAUGGAUCGUGAAAGGACAAUAAUACACACCGAGAGUGAAACAGUGCUGGAGGAAAUUAAGCACCCCUUUGGUAUUCCGAUGGAACAGGAUGGGGAGCUGAGCGUAGAAGUGGCGGAUUCAGGCAAAGACGAUCCCAUUAGUUACAGCCAAGCUGAAUCCGAAUAUUAUUGUAACAGUAUCGAGACGGCAUCAGUUGCUUCAGAUCUCACAAGGAUGUACGUAUCAGAUGAAUAUGAAAAGUCCGAAAUUGUUCAUCGUUCAUCCGCAGACAAACACUUUCACGAUGACCAGAACUCAAUAGAUAUAGAUAGCGGCGCGGGAAAGAGAGCCAGAGUACAUUUCACAUCACCUUUUUCUUAAACAUUGUCACACACUGUACACAAAUAGUUAUACAGUGUAAACUUUAUAUAACGACACUGAAGGUACCUACUGUGCAUUUUAUGGCGUUAUAGAAAGUUGUCUUUAGGCGAAGACAAGAAAAACGUAUAGAUAAUCCAUGACUCCUACUUUUUAGUCAGUGCAAGCAGUCUCAAUUUGUAAACAACAGAACGAAUUUUUUAGAAAGUUCGUAUGCAUGAUGCCGACAGUCGAGUAAGCGACAAAAGAACGUACAGAGCUGCGCAGUUUUUACUAAUUUUAGCAACUUAAAAAGUACCUUAUUAUUAAUUGUUGUCGUUAUUGAGAAUGGGUGUAAUGCUUUGUAGAGUGUUUCAUUGUAUGGAAGAAAAGCUAAACCAACCAAAGCUAAUUGAUUUCGACGCUUUAGGGAGUUCGUAGACGGACAUUACAUGGAAUAUACACUGUUUUUAGAUGUAAUGGCUAAAAAUAUCCAUAUUUUAAUACUUUUCAAAUAUAUUUUUUUUGUAAUUUUUGCAUUAUAAAAAAUGUGGAAUAAACAUAGGAAUCGUAUUUGUCAAAUUUUUAACCUAAAAAACAUUGGUUAUCCUGUGAUAAGAAGAAACAAUUGUUUUAGAAUUUUGCGAAUAAGGCAAUUAGAAAUUCCCAUAAUAAGCUAUAUUUUUAUUUAACUACGCGUCAUUACUGUAAAAUUAAAAAGCUUGUUUCUAGAUUAAUCAUAUUUUUAAAGUAGUUUUUUGUCGUAUUAUAUCUUAAGCCUAUGUUACACCGGGGCAACACUGUGCGGCAUGCCAAAAGGUCGCAUGCUACAAGGUUAAAAAUGACGCACAAUUUAGCAAGAACCGUGCGGCAUAAUACCUUGCGUCAUGUGGCAGACUGUCGCAGCUUGUAUCCGGGCACAAUGAAUUCUAUGCGACAUUUUUCGUGCACCCAAACAGUUUGUAGGUUAUGUUUUUGUUUCGGAAAGUGAGAAUUAUCGGUCAUGAAGUAGUGCAACGAAAAAUAUUAGGUCCUUACAUAUGAAAUUGGCGUAUUUCGUACUGGCCGAUUACUCCGAAUAUAAACAAAUUAUGUUUUGCGUCUUUUACUUAUUUUGGAACUGUCACAAAGUAAAAUAUUAGGUACUACGAGCCCCGAUGCAAAAUAGUUCGUCUAGUGUGAAAUUUUCUCUGUGAGAUUUUUCUAACUUCAUUAUUUUUGUAUAUCUAUAUAAAAUAUUAAGCUGUUCUACUAUCACAUGUCGCGUUACUUAUGCCAUUUUUUAAUUAUAAACCAAUAAACUAUUUUAGCUUUUUAAAUUUUUAUAUAUAUCCUGUUUUAAAUUCGAAGACGUUAUAAGCAAAAUAGUUCGUCUCAUUGUUAAUCGAUGCAAAAGAGUUCGCCUAUCGGUGAGUUAAAUAAGAUUAUUCCUUCUUUGUACAAUUAUGUUGUAUAAUUUAAAUUUGUAUAAGUAAUUCCGUGUCAUGUGUCAAGUGAGACAGUAUAAAUUCAGCUUUUUUCAUUAGUUUUCAAAUAACAAUGGGUCGUUUGUGAAGAGCUUCGAAAGCGAAUAGUUUGUGGGGUCGAUGCUGUUAAAUCAAGUUACCAAAUAUCUAAAGACUUGAUACUUCCCAGGUCUACAGUCCAAUCUAUCAUUCGGCACUAUAAAAACAAAAGAACGACUUCUCCUUUGAAGAAAACUGGUCGACCACGCUUCACAAGUGCAGUAGAAAACAGAAUCCUGAAGAAAUUUAUAAAAAAUAAUCGUCGUGCUCGAGCUGGAGAACUCACGGUGCAAUGGAAGGACAUGAUUGCUAUGAUUCAUCAUAGCACAUGAUGCUAAACUCUUGGCUGUCAGGGAGUUAAUUACGCUUGAGGAGUGUGCAAUGUUGGUUGCAACCAUGCCUCUUCGCAUUAAAGAAAAGGCGACACAACUAAGUGGUAGACGUACUAUUUUGCGUGAGUGACAAGGGUAGACGAAUACUUUUGCGAUGCUUUUUAGAAUAUUUUGUCAUGUCAUGAAAGAAUUUCAGUUAUGUUAAAAUAAAAUUUAUUGUGGUUUACUUUUUAUUAAACGUUCUUAAGUAUUUUACCAAUACUUACUUAGACGAACUAUUUUGCAUCGGGGCUCGUAUUAUCUGUAAUAGAGAUAAGGUUUUAGUUGUUAGUUUAUAUUAGUAUUUAUAUAAGUUUGAUGUUAGCUUGUUAAGUACAUACCAAUAAAUAGAUUAACUUUAAUUUAAUAGAUUAAAUUAUGGUAUAAUAAAUGUCAAAAUCUAGAUAAAUAAAUCAUAAAU